AUGUAUUAUUCAACAGGGCAGCCUUGUGAUUCAUCUGGAAACCCCUACCCAGUUGGACAGCCAUCCCCAGAAACUCCUUCUGAAAAGCAACCUAAUGAUUGGUCACCAUAUUCCAGUUGUUUGGAGUUCAAGCUAGCUGACUUUCUGUUCACCUGCAGCCAAAUGUCUGCUGCCAAUAUAAACAAGUUGCUAGAUCUCUGGAAUGUGAUGCUGCUCAGUGCUGGCAGCUGGCUGAUCUUCAAGGAUAGCACUGAAAUGUACAAGAUGAUCAAUCACACUAUACUCAGUGAUGAACAGUGGGAGAAUUUUUGCAUAUCCUAUACUGGUGAACAACCAGCUGAUAAUGUGCCAUCAUGGAUGAACACUGUGUAUGAUAUUUGGUUCCAGGACUCUUAUGACAUUAUUUGCAAUAUGCUUUCCCAACCUGAUUUUUUGGGUGACAUGGAUUACUGGCCAUUUCAGGAAUAUGAGAGUGCAACAGACAAGAGACAAUGGGAAGAUUUCAUGUCUGGUGAUUGGGUGUGGACACAAGUGGUUAUAAUUUCUUGUGAUUCAACCAUGCACAGGUCUACCUUCAUUCCAAUCAUCCUUAGCAGUGACAAGAUGACUGUGUCAGUCACAACCAGUCAAAAUGACUACUAUCCCCUCUGCCUUUUGAUAGGUAAUAUAAGCAACAAAGUUUGUCAUGCUCAUUGCAAUAGUGUUGCUCUCAUCACUUUCCUUGCAAUCCCACAAAGUAAGUGCAUCUGA